CAUAUAAUUCCACAGAUGAUGAAAGCGAAGACUAAGAGUGGUUUCAGAAGUUUUGAGGAGUCUGUUAACGUGGAAUUGAAGUACAUCUUGAAAAAAGAAAGAAAUGAAGAAGCAGUUGAAGAAACUUGAAUAUACUAGCACCUUGGAGGCCUCUGGGAGUAAUUGUGCCAGUUCAUCCAUGCUGCAAUUCUAUGGAGGUCAAAUGAAACUACAUCACACAAACAUUUGUUCCUUAAUGCCUCAAGUUUAAAAGCAGCAAGUCAAGUGAAGACAUCGAUAAAGAAAAGGCAGAACACACAAAAGUUAAUUUGGAUGGGCAGUCUAGAGGCAAAUUUCUGGAGCCAAAGUUUCUGGAAAGUACAAAUGAAAAAUGAAGGCAAUCUCAUAUGAAGAAGUCCCUUACAGGCUGAAAUUACUGAAGUCAAAUUAACCUCCUCGGCUGGAGAAGUUAUAAUAAAAACUGAAGUAGUGAUGGUUAUCUCAUUACUUGGAAAAGGCAGUGAGUUCUCACUGAACAAGGCAACAUGAGAACAACUGCCUGCUCUUCCACCGAGAUACAACAACUCCUUCCCUGUGUCUCUACUGCGAUGAAGGUGAACAUGAUUUCAAACCGCAGACAUCAGUCUCAGCGAACCUACACGAAUUCACCGUGCUUUGUAUUAGUUGAGAUUAUCGUUGGAGAAACUGCAGUGUUUUGUCUACAGUUAGCUACAAAGGAUUUUGAAAACCAAGAAAAAACAAUAUUAACUGGAGACUGUUGUUAUAUAAAUCCACUGGUGCGCAGGACCAUCAGAUUCCUUGGAAUUUACGCAUUUGGACUGUUUGCUACGGACAUCUUUGUAAAUGCUGGACAAGUAGUAACAGGGAAUCUUGCACCACAUUUUCUUGCACUUUGUAAACCCAACUAUACAGCACUUGGAUGUAAACAGUAUACACAAUUCAUCAGUAGCGUACAUGCCUGUACUGGAAAUCCAGACCUUAUCAUGAAAGCCAGAAAGACAUUCCCAUCCAAAGAAGCAGCACUAAGCGUAUAUGCAGCUAUGUAUCUGGCUAUGUAUAUCACGAACACAGUAAAAGCCAGAGGAACAAGGCUUGCAAAACCUGUUCUGUGUUUGGGCUUAAUGUGCUUGGCUUUCCUUACUGGAAUCAACAGAGUAGCAGAGUAUCGAAAUCACUGGUCAGAUGUAAUAGCAGGAUUUAUAAUUGGAAUAUCUAUAGCAGUAUUUUUGGUUGUUUGUGUGGUAAAUAACUUCAGAGGACGUCAGCCAGAACAUGAGCAUUCUCAUAUGGAAAAUCUGGCCCAGAUGCCUAUGAUCAGCAUACCCCGAGUAGAAAGCCCUUUAGAAAAGAAGCAAAGUAAAGGAAGUAGAGAAGUCUGUGAACUCUUGAGACCAGCUACAGGAAUACCAAAUGAUUGCUCAGUCAUGGAGCUACGAAUUUCUUCCACGGUGUAGUCAAAAUGUGAUGUGGACAGGCAGACUGUUCUACAUCCCUGCCUGGAUACGCGGUUUAAACAUCACCUCUAAAGCCCAAAAGAAACAGUGUGUUGUAUCAAGCCAAGAGUUGGACUUAAGGCCUAAAGACAGCAUUAGGCCACACUUCGUCUCAAGUAGAGAGGCUUAAGACCUACUUUUUCGCAACUGAAAAGAAACAUAAAUGUCACCCUUUUCAGCUGCCUCUACAGCAGAAAUCAAAGAAGAAUGGCUUGGUCUCAACAAAACCAUCUACCCAGUCUCUUCCUCAUUUACAAGGUGUAAAUUGUUACAAUUUAUCCUGCAAAUUAAAUAUGCUUCCGGAUCUAUUUUCUUACAUUGAUCUCACUUUGGUGUGAUAAAUUGAAUCUCACGCAAGUGAUGCCCAGAGGACAGCGUGGUGCUAAUCAGAGAUGGGACCACGGGACAGGAAGGUGGGAGCCAGACACUGCUGGGCAGAGCCCCGCCAGAUGUGAACCAGUGCCACCUGUAGCCAAAGAGCCUUGGCUCAACAGCCAGAUUACCUAGUAAGUGACACAGCAGUUUACACGAUCUCACUAUGCAAAAUAGGAUGCUAUUUCUAUCUGCUACAUUAAUUAAUCCUACAGCUUGGUGAUAAUAACUGUUUUUAGCCUGCAGUUAAAAAAUAAGCUAUAUUCAGAAUGUGAUAGAUUCAGCAUUUCAUCUCUUUACUACUCAGUUUCAAGCCUGAACACUAGAAUCCUUAAGUUAGCAUUUAAUGCUUAUCUGGUUCUGUCAGAGCACAUUACACCAAUCUUUUGUCAGAGUUACUAUUACCACUAGUGGCAGUACCAAAACUGUUAAAAACUCACAACCACAAAGGGAUGUGCUAGCACUGCUGUGUAUGCCUUCAGAAUGGAGCAUGGGAGCGAUGGAGCCACAGACUCCAGCAUCUUUACAGCCAGGGGUCUGGAGGUAAGAAUGGUCUAGAUAAGCAGGAGGACACCAAAGUCCUCCCAGAUAUCUCCGUCAGAGCCUGCAUCCAACAUCAGUCAUCAAACCUUCCAUACAUGAAAUAACUAUCUUCUUCGUGGACUAAAUGUUGGAGCAGGGGAGAAGU